ACAGCUGACAGACAGUAAUUGUGGACAGCCAAGAAGACAUUCAUUCCAUUGCAUUUUACAAAAUCAAUUGAGGAAACUAUUUAUUUUUCCUCCCGAAUUAAAACAAAAGUUGGAUUUUCUGCCGAAAAUCUAAAAUUUUAAAAAUGUUUGUGUCACGGCCCAUUGUUUCUCGCCUACUCCAGCAAACAGUACGUCGCUACCAUGGCGGAGAGCACUUCAAGCCACCGUCCAUGGACGAGCUGCCCGUGCCGAGCGGCUCGUGGCAGGCGCAGUACGACGCCAACCAGCGCCGCUACAACGCCGUGCUGCUCUUCGGAGUCGCCUUCACCGUUGGAAGUAUAAUCGCUGCUAAAGCUUCAGGUCUGGUCUACCUCAACUACUACCCCCCCAAGUCCAUCGACUAAACUGAUGGUAUCGGAGCACAGUCACACUUGUGUGAUGAACGAGACUUAAUUCUAAGGAUAAUGUAUUUAGCCGUUAAAUCAAUAAAAUUGUAAUCAAGA